GCCUGAGUGCAGGGUGAGAAUCAGGGUUGAGGGGAUGGCUUCCAACGGCGUCUUCGAUUCCUUCGCCGCCUACUCCUCCACUUUCUUGCGUGAUCCGAGCACCAGCAGGCGCUUCACACCCCCCUCCACGGCGUUCCCCUGCGGUAAGAUGGGAGAGAACAGCGGGGCGCUGGGGGCCGCCGCCGCGGGCGGUCGGGCGCGGCCCGAGGUGCGCUCCGUCGUGGACGUGCUGGCGGAUCACGCCGGCGAAUUGGUGCGCACCGACAGCCCCAACUUCUUGUGCUCUGUGCUGCCGUCUCACUGGAGGUGCAACAAGACGCUGCCCGUCGCCUUCAAGGUCGUGGCUCUCGGAGACGUCCCCGAUGGGACGGUGGUGACGGUGAUGGCGGGGAACGACGAGAACUACUCCGCGGAGCUCCGCAACGCCUCCGCCGUGAUGAAAAACCAAGUGGCGAGAUUUAACGACCUCCGAUUUGUCGGGAGAAGCGGCAGAGGAAAAAGCUUCACCCUGACGAUCACAGUGUUCACCAACCCCACCCAGGUCGCUACGUACCACCGAGCCAUUAAAGUCACUGUAGAUGGACCCCGGGAGCCACGACGGCACAGACAAAAGCUAGAAGACCAAACCAAACCCUUUGCUGACCGCUACGGGGAACUGGAGCGGCUGCGUCAGUCCAUGAGGGUCACCCCCACAACACCCAGCCCCCGUGGAUCCCUCAGCACCCCGAGCCACUUCGGGUCGCAGGCUCAGACUCCUAUCCAAGGCACAUCAGAGCUGAGCCCCUUCUCGGACCCGCGGCAGUUCGACCGCUCCUUCCCCACGCUGCCAACCCUCACCGAGACCAGGUUCUCCGACCCACGGAUGCAUUACCCCGGCGCCAUGUCAGCCGCCUUCCCCUACACCGCAACCCCUUCAGCCACAGGCAUCGGGGGCAUCAGCAUGACCAGCAUGCCCACCACCACGCGUUUCCACCACACCUACCUGCCUCCUCCCUACCCCGGCUCCACGCAGAACCAGAGCGGACCCUUCCAGACCAACCCCUCUCCCUACCAUUUGUACUACGGCACGUCGUCGGGUUCCUAUCAGUUCUCCAUGGUGGCGGGUGGUGAACGCUCCCCCACCCGGAUGCUCUCUUCGUGUACGAGCGCCUCGGCGGGGAACAACUUAAUGAACCCCAACCUGGGCAAUCAGAACGACGGGGUGGAUGCGGAUGGGAGCCACAGUAACUCACCGACAACCAUGACGACUACUGGGAGGAUGGAUGAGUCGGUUUGGAGACCCUACUAGGAAGGAGGAGGGCAGCUGGGCACCGAGAGCUUUAACCGGAUCGGCCGCCGCAACGUUACUCCUUUCCCAUUGAAAUGAUGCCGAGGGGAAAGGUAAACCAAAGUCUCCCAAACCGAAAGCAAAGCAGGAGGAAUCCUCUACACAUAACCACGGGCAAACAUCAAGCAAAGCUGGGCCGGGACCUACGUUACAUUUCAAGAUGAACGUCCACAAGGCUUGAAUUUGUCGCUUGAUGUGGUUCCUUUCAUAUGGUUUUAAUAUGUGGAUUGUACAUAGGGAAAAAAAGAUGCGUGGAUUCAGAUGUUUGUUUACUGCCGAACACUUCUCGGUCAUCUCACUUGCACCCUCAUCCCCACACAAAGCAUUCAGGAGUCAGGGAAAGCUCGCCCUUCUGCAAAGCGCUCCAGAGACAAGAGCAGGAAAUCAUCCGAGCCAUCUCUGUGCCGAAGCACAAAGACUGAACUGAAAAAAAAAGGAAAAAAAAAAAAAAAGGAAAAAAAAAAAAAAAAAGGAAAGAAACCUUUGU